AUGUCGCCGGCGGCCACCGCUCCCCACGCCGCUAUCAGACGGACAGGCCUGCAGCGUGACGUCCUCGAUCUCUACCGAGCCCUCCACCGCGCCAUCCGCCAGAAACCCGAAAGCGCCCGCUCCCACUUCUACCACCAUGUGCAGACGAAAUUCAGACAGGACGCCGCGUCCGUGACCGUGAAGGAUAUCACCACCAUCGAGUACCUGCUACGACGCGGGAGGAGGCAGUUGGAGGUGCUGAGGAGUGAUGCUGUUGUUGACAUACAUUAG